AGGAGGCGGAAGUGAGAUUUUGUCCCUUUGGCCUUAAGGUGCACACUGCUCACCCCCACUGCAUUGUGCCCUGUCCUGCAAUCCAUCUGGCCUCAGCCCUGUUCACAGAGACUUGAGGCCCUGGCAAGGGGGUCUGAUGGCCUCCCUGGAACUCAUGGAUACUGACUUACCCUCCCACCCACAUGACAUCUGUCUCAGGAAGGCAGGAUGUGGUAGAUGGGUAACUAGAAACAGGCUGAGAAAAUAGAGGCCUCCUAGCCAUCCUGUAACAUAACCAUAGCCUCUUUGGGCUGCACUCACUGCCCAGGGAUAGGAACUCUGGGGAUCCUUCAGCUCCUUCCCUGACAAAAGGGACUGAGGAAGUCCCUGGUAGAAAAAAGAUGAGCAAAUAUUCAAUGACUUUCUGGAAGGAACCUGGCCACUACUUUGAAUAAAUGUUAUUCUCAAGCACUCUCUCGCACACACCUCUGCAGGGAACUGCACUUGGUGUUGAAUGAAGAACUACAGGGGCCUCUCUGCCAAGAAACGAAAUGCACGGAAGGGUGUUUGUGGCCCUCACAGCUUCCACAGGAAAAAGGAGCCUGGAAUUGACCCUGAAUUCUAAUCCUCCUCACAUUUUGAGCAGGAAGGUUCCAGGGAAGUUGCAGGCCUAGUACCAGGGCUAGACAGGGGGAGGAGUGACGUUUUGCAGGAAGAAAUGAAAGCUGGCACCUAAGCUGAAUGUGUAUUCCAGGAGCAGGGAAAGGAGGCAUUGAGAAGUUGCUGUCUCUCCCUUGGUGGGGGGAGUGUUAAGGGAGGCAGAGAGGGAAGGAGGCCACCACAUUUGGAAGGGUGGAUAGGUACAGCCCAUGAUGACAAAAACAGUUUCACUGCUUGAUUAAUCCUAAGCCCACAGGAAACACAGAACAUGACUUCUCUCAGUGACUUCCCUUGCAGGUCAUUAGAAGCUACCCCAGAUGGGUGGUCAUGGGUGCCUUCUCUGACUGCUGUCCUUGUCCUUGCCAACCCCACCCAGCUUCUCUUCAGCCUUUUCUCACCACUUCCUGAUAGUUCUGGCCAGUAGGAGGGAUGGGGCAGACCCUACUGGAGGAGAUCUUUGGUUCUCAGGGCCUUCGCAGGGCUGCUAGCGAGUAGGCCACAAAGCUUUGUUCUGCUGAUGUUGCUGCCUCUUCUGGCAUAAUUUUGAUGCCUUCUCAUGCUAGCAAAUCUCUGUCUAAUCAAAGGCAUGUGUCCACACUAGAAUGUGAUCUACUUGAAGGCAGGAACCUUGUCUGUCUGGCCCAUGACAGCAUUUCUAGCCCCCAGAAAGUAUUGGUAUGCAGUAAGCAUUCAACAAGUUAAUUGGUUAGUUGAAUGAAUGAAUGAAUGAAUGAAUGAAGCAAUGAAUGGAUGGUGUAUUGGAAAUAUGGUGUUUUUUGGACUGAAUCAGGGAGAAUUCCUCUCAGGAAAAACAGGCACUGCAGCUUGGGCAAGGUCCCUCAUCUUCCUGGGGACAGGCUGCCUCCCUACUCUGCCCCAAGUGCACUAUUGGCCUGCAUGCUGGGUCACCUUGUGGUUUCCAGAGGGCACUUUGCCCCUAAAGAGUCAGGCUCUGGAGGCUUCCUCAGAGGCACCACAGUGAUCCCUGCCAAGGGCAUCAUCCACCAGUCUUUCUCCACAAAGUGAUGCUUUGCAUAGCAUCCUUCCUCUUGCCUUCUCCUCCUCAUGCUUCACAGAAACUCCUUGUUCUCUGCAUGUGACACAUUUGAAUGAUCUAGAAACAUCACAGAGUUGUUCAUUUGUUAAAGAUGCUUCCUGUAGCAAUGUCUUGUUUGUUUAUUUCCAAUCCCAUGGUGUGCUGGGCCAGCUCUCUUACUUGUUUUUGAGGUUGUGCUGGUAACUUGGUGGUGAGCAAGGAAAGACUAGAUGAUCACAGGACUAAAGUCUAUACAGUUCAGAGAGGUGAGGUCUAGAAUCAGAGAUGCAGAGUGAGACUGAGGAUUAUUGAAUUAUUAUUGAUCCCAACCAGACUCCAGGGCUGCACAGAUCCUGGAGUUAUACAUGGUGCCUGCCUUCUCCAUGGUAACCAGGCUAAAUAUGGAGGUGUUUCCAUGGAGAGUCAUAUUGGCAGCUGCAGCCCUGCUUCCUUCAGGAAGCACCUGUGCUGGGUUCUUUGGCCUCUCCAGUGGCCAGUGCAAUGGACAUUAAGGGAGUGUAUCUCACCUCUGAGGAUGCUUGUUUCCAACAAGUGAUUCAUUUCUCCAGCCCUAGAAUCAUCAAUAUCCCCUCCUUUUGACAGCUAGACGUUAGGAGAGGUCACAGAUCAAAUAGAUGGCGGCGAAAGUGACAUUGGAUCCUAUGAGCAUUCAUGCAAGUUUUGCAUCUUCACUGGUGGAAAAUUAUGAAGAAAGGGGAUGUCACUGGUUGAGUGACAUCAAAGGUGAGUGAUGGAUGAUCUGCAAUCACAGAACCUCUCCAUGGACAUGACCAACUCCUCUCCUGCCUUGGCCAAUAACAGACUGGAGAAUGGUAUGGCCCAGCUGAUCACCACAGAGGCCUGGAACAUCAACUCCACAGACCUGGUAAAGAAGGCGCUGGUGACGGUGCCGGCCCCAUCCAUUCUGAACCCCCCAGCUGAGUCCCAGAGCGGCAUGGCUCUAAAAGUGGCGGCCACCGUGUUGCAGCCCCUGUGCCUUGGGGAGAGCCCGGUGGUGAUGCCCAUUCACAUGCAGGUGGAGGGAAGCUCUGCACCUGAGCUCAACCCUAAUGGCAAUGCCACCUAUGUUAUGACCACACAGGGCCCUGUGCAGCUGCCCGUGGUGCUGGAGCAGCAUGUCUUUCAGCACCUCAACUCCCCUCUGGUCCUGCCACAGGAGGCCCCAUGCUCCUCCAGUGCCAUCCACAACAACCUCUUCCAAGCAGCCGAGGACCCCGAGGCCCAGCCCCAGCUCCUGGACUUGCGCAUCCCCAGCCAGCCACAGGAGCCCACAUUGCCAUUUGAAGCUGUGCUCCAGAAUUUGUUUCCCUCACAGAGCACUCUUGGCUCCCCACCCUGUCAGCCUCCUCCUGGAUAUGCCCCUGUGCCCCCCCAGCCCUUUAACUCCCCCUUGUCCCCCCUGGUCCCACCAGCCACCCUCUUGGUGCCCUACCCUGUGAUUGUCCCCUUGCCUGUACCCAUCCCCAUUCCCAUCCCCAUCCCAGUGCCUCAGAGUUCUGAGUCCAAGUUCAGCCCCAGUUUAUCCAAGCCGCCAUCUUCCUUUGGCCUACACCCCUUUAAAGGCACUCAGACCCCUCUGGAGAAGGAGGAACUGAAGCCCUUUGACAUCCUCCAGCCCAAGGAGUAUUUCCAGCUCAACCGCCACACAGUCAUCAAGAUGGGAAGUGAGAAUGAGGCCCUGGAUCUCUCCAUGAAGUCAGUGCCCUGGUUCAAGGCUGGCGCAGUCAGUCCCCCAAUCUGCCAGGAGGAUGCAGCCCUAGACCUGUCUCUGGCAACCCGCCGGAAGUCUGAGCCUCCCCCUGAGACUCUGUAUAAUAGCAGCAGGUCAGUGGACAGCUCAUGUCACAAGGUGCAGGAGAAACUGCACAGAGGCAUGGAGAUGCCUUUUGCCCCUGCCACACCCCACGAAGCCUCAGCCAUGAUGGAUAGCCACCUGGGCAGCAGUGACACCACCCAGCCAUUCAGCCAGCCCAGCCAGUCCAACAGCGAGGACAAGGCUGAAAAUAACAUUGAGAUGGUGAGCAACUCCCAGGCAGCCAAGGUGAUUGUCUCGGUGGAAGAUGCCAUGCCUACUAUCUUCUGUGGCAAGAUCAAAGGCCUCUCGGGCGUGUCCACCAAAAACUUCUCCUUCAAAAGAGAAGAUUCCGUAUUUCAGGGCUACGACAUCAACAGUCAAGGAGAAGAGUCCAUGGGAAACACAGAGCCCCUUAGGAAACCUGUCAAAAGCCGGAGCAUAAAAUUCAAGAAAAUGAAUUCCCAGGAAAUACACAUGCUCCCGAUCAAAAAACAACGGCUGGCCACCUUUUUUCCAAGAAAGUAAAUAAUGUGCGUGUGUGUGUUUUUUAAUUUUAUGAUUAUAAUAUGGAGAAAGGUGCACUGGUUUUAUAAAAAGUCAUUUAAAACAAAUUAUCUUUGUUAAUUAUUUUGGGGGGUAAUUCGGAAGCAGGAAGGCGAAUUGGCUCUAGAGGCCCUGUAAGCUAGCAUCAUUUUAUUUUUUUUUUAUUUUUGACUUUUCACAAAUGAGUAAAUAAGAGCAACCUAUUUUUCAAGCAAAUUGCACAUUUUUUGCAGCUUUAAUGGAAUAUUGGGUGAAUCAGAAGGGUAAAAAAGCUAUUUUCAUUGCCACAAAGUGCUUUGAUGAUGUAAUACCUAAUAAAGGGUAGGCUGAAUAUUUCACAAUAAAUGUUUGUUUGCACUAAUUGGUUACAGCAUUCUAUCAUUUUUAAAUUUUGCAUUCCUUAACUGACAUUGUUUGGCCUAAGCUGUUGCUUGUAAAGCACUACAAGUUCUCUGUGUUUAGAGACCUAAGCUCUUCAGGCAUGUUGGGCAAAGGAGAAUUCUAUUGGCCUAUGCCUCCACACACAGAGGAUUAGGAAUAUGUAUGACCUUGAUCAAGUCACUUCCCCCUCUAGCUCUCACUUUCUUCAUUUGUAAAAAUGUGGCAAAGGGUGUGGGGUUGGAGGAGUUGAGUUUCAAGUAUCCAAGGCCACUUCCAGUUUACAGAGACCCUAGUACAGCCGUGGGCAAACUAUGGCCCUGGGGCCGGAUCCGGCCGGUUUGAAAUGAAUAAAACUAAAAAAAAAAAA